AGGAAUGGGAUCUUUUUUCACUGUAAGCCAGCAAAUAAUUAUGGAGCAAACUUGCAGAAUGCCGGAAAAUAGGUCACCUUAACCAAUCCAAUGCAUGAUAGAACAAGCUGGUGUAAAUGUGCAACCUACCAUGCUGUGACAUCAACAGCACAGCUUGAAUGGUAGGCUUGUCAAACCGGUGUUGAAGCCUGCUGGAGUUGCCUGCACUCAGAAUAUCCCACCUGUGUGCGUGCGUUUGUUCGCCUUGUCCUCAGUCUUUAGUCAGCUGUCUCAAAAGGUGCAUUUUCUUACCAACCUGCGCACAUGGAAGCAAAGAGCAGCCAUACAUGAAACGGUGCUGCGAGUGAAACGAGGUAAAAAAAAAGAAAAAAAAAAAAAAAACUGACAAGAUCCGACAGAGUAAAGAAAGAAAGAAGAAGAAGAAGAAGAAGCAGAAAAAAGAAAACAAUGGAGACGAAUGGGAUCGAAAGGAAAACGGCAGGUAUGGAGGGUGAUCAGGACCUUCAGUUCCUCUUGCAAGGUGGAGACCUCCUUAAAGUCCUGUCCUCUUCCUGGAAGAAGACUCGCUAUUUCAAACUCCAGGAGGACUGCAAAACCAUGUGGCGCGAAUCCAAGAAAACCUUCAAGUCAAGCCAGACCUUUCCAAUUGACGACAUCUCAGCGGUGCGACUAGGCCGUCAGACAGAGGGUUUGAAGAAGAACACAGAGGAGCAGGCAGAAGGUCGCUGCUUCUCCAUCAUAUUCAAGAGUCGCCGCAAGAACCUGGACCUCAUUGCCAGCUCAGACACGGAGGCCAGGCAGUGGGUCCAAAGCCUGGAGAAACUGGUGUCCAACAUAAACAGCCUCAACCACCAGCAGACCAAGGAGCAUUGGAUCUUCAGCUGCCUGAGUAAAGCAGACAAGAAUAAAGACUCUAAAUUGACUCAGUCUGAGGUCAAAGACUUCCUGCAUCUGAUCAACAUUGAACUGGACGACGACUAUGCUGAAAUGCUCUUCAAGAAAUGUGACAAAUCUAAUUCUGGGUACCUGUCUGGGGAAGAGGUUGAACACUUAUAUGAUCUCCUGACCCAUCGGGAGGAAAUCGAAGUCAUCUAUGGGGAAUACGCUAAAACCACGGGCUUCAUGAACCCUGAAGACCUGGUGAACUUCCUGAUGAAGGAGCAGAGAGAGAAGGCCACUCUGGCUGAUGCACAAAACAUAAUUGAGAAGUACGAGCCAGACGAGAUUGCCAAGGAAAAGAAGCUGCUGUCCAAAGAUGGCUUCCUCAUGUAUCUGCAUAAUCCAGAGGCCAUGAUUCUCAAUCCUGAGCACAAGGAAGUGUUCCAGGAUAUGGACCAGCCCCUUAGUCACUACUUCAUCUCCUCUUCACACAACACCUAUCUCAUGGAGGAUCAGCUCAAAGGGCCCAGCAGCACAGAAGCUUACGUCAGGGCUCUGAUGAAAGGCUGUCGCUGUGUGGAGCUGGACUGCUGGGAUGGAUCAGACAAUGAGCCAGUGAUUUACCACGGUUACACUCUCACCUCAAAGAUCCUCUUCAAAGAUGUGAUCAAAGCCAUCAAGGAGUAUGCAUUUAAGACAUCUAAUUACCCAGUCAUCCUCUCCUUGGAGAACCACUGCAGUGUAGAGCAGCAGUCAGUCAUGGCCCAGCACUUAAGCUCCAUCCUGGGGAGUGCACUUGUCACCUCUCCCCUGGGUGAUGGGAUGCCCACAAACUUUCCAUCUCCUGAGGAGCUAAAAGGGAAGUUUGUGAUCAAAGGGAAGCGGUUAAAUAAACUGGAAGCCAGUUUUGCUGAAGAGGCAAAAGCGGCUGAGGAAAAUGACGUGACUGAGGAGGAAGAAUCACAGGAUGAGGAUGAAGAGGAUGAGCAAAAGAAUAAUAAGAAGAAGAGCAAGAAAAAGCUGAAACUAGCAAAAGAGCUGUCCGACAUGGUGAUCUACUGCCAAAGUGUCCACUUCCACGGCUUUGACGACGCCAAGAAAAACCUGAGCUUCUACGAGAUGUCGUCCUUAAAAGAGGGAAAGGCCGUGGAGCUGGCUGAAGAGUCGGCAAAUGCCUUCGUCCGCCACAAUGUGGGAAAACUGAGCCGCAUUUAUCCUGCGGGCUCCAGGACCGACUCCUCAAACUACAACCCAGUCCCUCUGUGGAAUGCUGGCUGCCAAAUUGUUGCCUUAAACUUUCAGACAAGCUGCACAAACAUGGAUGUGAAUCAGGGCAAGUUCCUGGUCAACGGCAAGAGCGGCUACAUCCUUAAACCAGCCUUCAUGAGGGACGCAGCCACAGAGUUUGACCCCAUCACUCUGACCCGAGGGGACUGGCUGCAGCACAAGACACUGCAUGUCAUGAUCAUAUCAGCCCAACAGCUCCCCAAAGUGAACAAGAAGAAAUCCUCCAUAGUGGAUCCGCUGGUUAAAGUGGAAAUCUACGGCGUGCCGGCUGAUGUUGCAGAGAAAGAGACUGCAUCUUUUGAAAACAACGGUUUCAACCCCUGCUGGAAUGAGAACUUCCAGUUUGAUGUGUAUGUGCCAGAGCUUGCAUUGGUCCGCUUUGUCAUCGAGGACCACGAUUACACUUCCAAUAAUGAGUUUGUGGGACAGUACACGGUUCCUUUUAACAGCCUAAAAAUGGGAUACAGACACAUUCCCCUGCUCAAUAAGAACGGAGACCUUCUCCCCUCAGCUGGACUUUUUGUACACGUCAUGGUCACUGAUGCUGAAUGAGACCUCUCAGGCUGGAUGACCCUCUGCAGGACACUAGGUCCUCCUUCCCACAGCCAUGUUUUGGCUAUGUUAUAUUUGUUUUGUUUUUAUUUCCAUCAUUUUUAAUUAAUGAUUAACUUAUUGGCUUAAUUCCUGUAGCAUUAGAAGCUGCUGCAAAACUCAGAUUUAGACAACAGUCUUGUCAAGAUGCAGCAUCCCCAUUAAUCAGAUUACAGGAACAGUUUAUACACACUGUUCAGUUUGUAUUGGCUUUGAUAGUUUAGCUUGUGUCCUAAACCUCUGUUCAAAUCUUUUUAUUCAAAUUAACAUUUGUAUGUAAUUCAGAGAAACAUAAGCAAUAUGAAUCUAUGUUUUCAUGACUAGUUUUGGUCAAGUAUGAUUACUUUUUUUCUAUUUUAGCUCAUAAAUCAUUAUCCUCUGUAAAUCAUUAAGACAUUGUACAAGUGCUAAACACAAACACGUGUCAGUG